CUUGUUUUUAACCCAAACAAGACUCCCAACUGUUGUAUUUAUUUGCUGCUUAAAUAGUAUUGAAUGAUUAAUGAUGAUGGCGUAUCCCUUCCUUCUCCACAGUUGCCCCCAUUUUCUUUAGGAUUUACUUUUUAUUUGCAAAUGGUUUCGCCAUUAGCUCACCGCUUGAGCUUUCUGCACAUUUAAAAAUACUCAAAGCAAAGCCCUUUGAAAAGCUUCCCCCUUUCCUACUCCUGUUCAGUUUAUCUUCGAAGUUUUGAUCUUUUUUGUGGCGGAGAAGAUGGGGCUGAUGCUUGGCACCCGGCAGCCGUACAGAGGCGGCGGUGCUGCAACCCUCAGCGGUUUUCCGGCGAGAUGGGUCUCGGUAUUAUGCAUUGCAAGCUUCUUUUUGGGUGUUGUUUUUGUGAACAGGUUUUGGUCCAGUUCAGAAGCCGGUACUGACAAGAAUGGAACAUCCGAAGGUCAAUAUGGAUAUAAAAAUACAUAUCCUUCUAUCAAGUGUGAGAAUAAGCUGGAUGUCUCAAAGAACAAGGGCAUCCUUUCCAAAGCUUUGAAAACUGAGGACAUGAUCAUGACAUUAGAUAAAACCAUAUCUUCACUGGAAAUGCAACUUGCUGCAGCACGAGCAGCCAAAGCAGAGAGCGGUGAAAACCGCCCUAUCGAUACGAAGAUUGGAGAUGAGUCAUCGAAUGGACGCCGGAGGGCAUUUUUUGUAAUUGGAAUUAUUACAGCAUUUAGCAGCAGAAAACGACGUGAUUCUGUUAGGGAGACAUGGAUGCCACAAGGAAAAGAAUUGAAGAAGCUGGAGGACGAGAAAGGGAUAAUCAUAAGAUUUGUGAUAGGACAUAGUGCGUCGCCUGGUGGAGUUUUGGACAAAACGAUCGACGACGAAGAAGAUCAGUACAGGGAUUUCUUGCGAUUGGAUCAUAUCGAGGGGUAUCACGAGCUGUCUUUGAAAACUCAGAUUUACUUUUCGACAGCUGCUGCAAUGUGGGACGCCGACUUCUAUGUCAAAGUUGACGACGAUGUCCACGUCAAUCUUGGUGUUCUAAAUUCAUUGUUGUCCCGUAUUCCUUCCAAACGCCGCACCUAUAUCGGCUGCAUGAAAUCCGGCCCGGUCCUCGCCCAAAAGGGAGUCAAGUACCACGAGCCGGAACAUUGGAAAUUCGGCGAGGAGGGGAACAAGUAUUUCAGGCAUGCGACGGGGCAAAUUUAUGCAAUUUCGAAAGACUUGGCUACCUACAUUUCCGUUAACCGAGACGUGCUCCACAAGUACGCGAACGAAGAUGUUUCUCUCGGGUCUUGGUUUAUCGGUCUCGACGUCGAGCACGUCGACGAGCGAAGCCUGUGUUGCGGCUCACCCCCUGAUUGCGAGUGGAAGGCCCAGGCGGGAACGCCUUGCGCGGCAUCGUUCGAUUGGAGCUGCAGCGGGAUAUGCCGAUCGGAGGAAACAAUGGACGACGUUCACCGGCGCUGCGGUGAGGGCGAUGGAGCAAUCUGGCAUUCCCAAACUUGAAGAAAGGAAAAUUCUUUUGAUUCGACGAGACCCGACCCGACCCGAGCUCCUUCGAGCAUGCUUGCAAUGUAUUUGUGUAUAGUUUUUUAGUUUCGAGCAUGGCCGGCGGGAGGUGUCUCUAUACUGCCCCCAUUUUUGUCCUAACGAAGAAGAAACGUUUGGGGAAAACUCACGAAAGUAGCUAUUACUGAAAUGGUUUGGUUAAUGUCUGAAUGAAAGUGGGUUCUGAGUUGAUA